AUGUCUACACCUUCAUCGUCUCGUCGUCGUGGACGCCCCUCGAGGGCUUCUGCUAAUUCCACUCCCUCGAGGGGAAGUGCGCAACCGCAGGUCGUUAUCUCCAGCCCCGCCCCUUCUCGCCAAUCUCAGAAUCCUGCUCAAACUACUACACCUCAAACACGGAGAAUAGUAGACAAUGGGAUUCCUUCGUCAUCUCCCAUCUUCUUUCAAUCUUCGCCAGAGGACGGACGGUCUGCAGCCAAUGCGCCAGAUCGAAGCUCACCGAUGCCAUCUUCUCCGUUGGGCGACCGUGAAACCACUCCAAGACCUACUCGACCUCUAGUUGAAGGCACGUAUUACUCCUCUCCAAUUAGAUAUAUGCCAAGCUCAAGUCCUGGUCGCCCUGGAAAUAGUCAAAGUCGACGAAAUGAUAUACCUACAAGUAGCAGCGGUUUAUUCCUCCGUUCGCCUAAUCCUAAUGAUAUUGCUACUCGCAGGGGUGAUAUUCAUUCAGAUGCCUUUUCUACCACUGGGUCAAGACGCAGGACGCUCUUUGUCGAUGAGAGCGGUAUGCCAGUCCGUAACGGAGAGCUACAGUCUGACGCUACUUUCUCCAAUAUCAACCCCGAUACAUCCGAAGCAGAUGCUCUGGGAGGUAAUUCCACACGGAUAAUAUGGGGAACCAAUAUUUCGAUACAAGAUGCCAUGGCAUCGUUCAAAAAUUUUCUGUAUAACUUUGCACGGAAACAUCGUAUGGCGUACGAUGGUGCUUCUGAAGCAGAGAUCCAUGCCAUUGGCCCUGCUGCUAACGAAAAGGAGUAUAUCAGGAUGCUGAAUGAAAUGCGACAGCUUGGUGUUACAGGGCUCAAUCUUGAUAUCAGGAACCUAAAAGCGUUUCCACCUACUAUUAAGCUUUGGCACCAAGUCCAAGCUUACCCUCAGGAAAUCAUCCCAAUUAUGGAUCAAUGUACAAAAGAUGUUAUGAUUGGGUUGGCAGAGAAGGAGGUAGAGCUGGCCCGACAAAAUAGUCAGCGAAGGCUAGGCCCAGCUAAUAGAGAUGCCAGCUCCGCCCCUGCUUUUCCCACUUCAGAUAUUGGCGCAGCUGGAGAUACGCCUGCCCAGCAGGAUACAUCUAAUAUUCUUGCGGAUGUUGAGAGCAGGACUUAUAAGGUUCUUCCUUUUGGAAUGGAUAAGUCCGUGAACAUGAGAGAUCUAGAUCCAGGUGACUUAGACAAACUUAUCAGCGUAAAGGGCCUUGUCAUCCGGGCAACUCCUAUCAUUCCAGAUAUGAAAGAAGCCUUUUUUCGAUGCGAUGUAUGCUUCCACUGCGUCAGAGUUGACAUUGAUCGUGGGAAAAUUGCUGAACCCACACGCUGCCCGCGAGAACUUUGUGACGCACAGAAUUCAAUGCAACUAAUUCACAACCGUUGCACAUUUGCUGAUAAACAAAUUAUCCGCCUACAAGAAACACCGGACUCAAUUCCUGACGGCCAGACUCCUCAUUCUGUAUCCCUUUGUGGAUAUGAUGAGCUGGUUGACGUGUGCCGAGCUGGUGACAGGGUGGAAGUUACCGGCAUCUUUCGUUCUAACCCAGUCCGGGUUAACCCACGUCAGCGAAGUACCAAGGCACUGUUCAAGACCUAUGUCGAUGUCCUCCAUGUACAAAAGAUAGACAGGAAGAAGUUAGGGAUUGAUGCAUCAACAGUGGAACAGGAGCUCGCAGACCAAGUCGUGGGAGAAGUCGACCAAGUACGGAAAAUUUCACAGGAAGAAGAAGAGAAUAUCAAGGCUACAGCAGCCCGCCCAGAUGUGUAUGAACUGUUGGCUCGGUCGCUAGCACCGAGCAUUUACGAGAUGGAGGAUGUUAAGAAGGGGAUACUUCUGCAGCUCUUCGGUGGGACCAAUAAGACGUUUCAGAAGGGUGGGAACCCCAGGUAUCGCGGAGAUAUCAACGUUUUGCUUUGCGGAGAUCCGUCAACAUCAAAAUCACAGCUGCUUAAAUAUGUUCACAAAAUUGCGCCGCGAGGUAUAUAUACCAGCGGCAAGGGUUCUUCUGCGGUUGGUUUGACAGCCUAUGUGACGCGAGAUCCAGAAUCUAAGCAGCUAGUACUAGAGUCUGGUGCACUCGUCCUUUCUGACGGAGGUGUUUGCUGUAUCGAUGAAUUCGACAAGAUGAACGAUGCUACCAGAUCAGUUCUUCACGAAGUUAUGGAACAGCAGACAGUCUCAAUUGCGAAGGCGGGUAUCAUUACCACCUUGAACGCGAGAACUAGCAUUCUUGCAUCUGCCAAUCCCAUUGGAAGCAAAUAUAACCCCAACCUAUCUGUACCACAGAACAUUGACCUACCUCCUACUCUUCUUUCUCGAUUUGACUUGGUGUACCUUGUCCUGGACCGCGUGGACGAGCAAAAUGAUCGUCGACUAGCAAAGCAUAUGGUUGGAAUGUACCUGGAAGAUGCUCCCGAGACAGGUUCUAGUGAAGAGAUCUUGCCCAUUGAGUUCCUUACUAGUUACAUUACCUAUGCGAAGACACGAAUCUCGCCGAAGCUCACCCCAGCUGCUGGUGCAGCGCUUACAGAUGCAUACGUUGCCAUGCGUAAGCUGGGAGAUGACAUUCGAGCGGCCGAGCGCCGUAUUACGGCUACUACGCGUCAGCUAGAGUCUAUGAUUCGUCUCUCUGAAGCUCACGCGCGAAUGCGGCUGUCCGAAGAAGUAACGGCAGAUGAUGUAGAGGAAGCAGUGAGGUUGAUCCGAUCUGCCUUGAAACAAGCAGCUACAGAUGCCCGCACCGGUCUAAUCGACAUGAGCCUGCUGACCGAGGGUACAACUGCGCGAGAGCGUAGGUUGCGAGAUGACAUGAAGAAGGUCAUAUUGGCCAUUGUGGAUGAGCUUGGAGGCCGCGCUACCGGUGCUAGGUGGGUUGACGUGCUCAGGAAGUUGAACGAGGGCACUGUCCCAGUAGAGGGUGCUGAGUUUACAGAAGCCGUCAAGUCACUCGAGACUGAGGGCCUCGUCAAUGUAGUAGGCGAGGGUGCCCGGAGGAGCAUCCGCCGUGUCUUGGGGACUAUCUAG